CGGUUCCCCAAUCCAUAUGACAAACGAAAGCAUUGCAUGCAACGUCUGUUCUAUACCCCGUCUGUGGUGCUAGGUUUUACAUUUUAUUGGAUGCUAAAAUUAUUUUUCACUUUUCUACAUCUUGCUAUGUUAAUAUUGUAAUGUGUACUGUCUGUAUUUAAUAGCAUAAAAUAUAGAAUUGCUUGUAAUGUAAAAGGAAUGCAUGAAAUUGAAAGAAAGGUGUAAGAUUACGCCGGGAUAAAUUGAAUCCAUGGGAAUACUUGUAAAGAAUCGUGCGUAAUUCGCUGCAGCCGAAAUGUCGUAUAAAAUCGGACAGCGCGUUGAGGUUCCUGGCAAGGACUGUCAAGGAGUAAUCGCUUACAUCGGUCAUCCAAGUUUUGCUUCGGGAAAAUGGAUCGGAGUAAUACUCGAUGAACCUAAAGGAAAGAAUAACGGCACUAUUAAAGGUCAACCGUAUUUCAAGUGUGCAGAAAACUAUGGAAUGUUUGUACGUCAGUCCCAGCUCAUUUUAUUGGACGAAGCAGGUAACAGAACGGAGCCUGCUAGUCCAUCUUCUGCAGGCAGUAGCGCUACAACACCGGACGAGGCCAGCGUAGCAAGGGCUAGAAGCAGAUUGAACAGUAUUAGUACACAUAGAAGGAAUGAACCCACUGCAGUAAGGAGAAAAACAUCUCCUGCGCAUGUUACCCGGCAGCAAUCUGACAAGCUUUCUGGCUCACGAUUAUCUUUGGCCGGUAGUAGAACGCUAUUAAGUGCUCCGAGUACAGAAAGUUUAUCCGGAUCGCAACACGAGCGCAAAGAUGGUGGAGAGUCCCUUAUACCGGCACCAACUUCAACCAAAAGAGCUUCAUUUAUCGAGAAGUCCCCUAGCACGAGCUCGCCUCCCGGCAAAAAGCCAAAGGCCCAAGAUGAUCACAAUAAUACAGGUUUUGUAGAGACUUUAAAGCCACAAUUUGUACCCGGCCAAGUAAUGGCAGGUUCAGCAGCAGCUGCAAAUGUAAUAGAAGAGAAACUCUCACAUUUGCAACUUCAGCAAGAGAAUGAAAAUUUGAAAUCUCAGGUUCGUGAUCUCACUGACAAAGUCGAAACAUUGCGCGUGAAGAGAAUGCAAGAUAAAGAACGAAUGAAAGACUUCGAAAAGACGAAGCUUCAAUUCGAACAACUUUUGGAAUUCAAAACGAAAGUUAUGGAGAAUCAAGCUAGUCUACAAAGGGAACUUCAACGAGCACGCCAGGAAACGAAAGAUGCGCACGUAGCUCGAGAACAGUUCCAAGAAGAAAUGGCAGAUCUUGCAGAGACCGUAGAAAUGGCCACAUUGGAUAAAGAAAUGGCCGAGGAGAAAGCCGAGACAUUACAGAUUGAAUUGGAACAAUUAAAGGAAAAAUUGGAAGAGCAAACAUUAGAUUUAGAAAUACUGCGGACAGAAAUGUCUGAGAGGGCUGCAGGAGGAGGCUCGAACACUGGUGCUUCAAGUUAUGAGAUAAAGCAAUUAGAACAGCAGAACAAUCGAUUACGAGAAACUCUCGUUAGGAUGCGAGAUCUGUCCGCCCACGAGAAACAUGAAUUCCAAAAGCUUCAAAAAGAUUUAGACCAAAAGAAGUCGGAAAUAUUGGAACUAGGACGCACAAAAGAGAAAUUGUCAGCACGAGUCGAAGAAAUGGAAUAUCAGAUAGCAGACUUGCAAGAACAAGUCGAUGUCGCGUUGGGCGCUGAAGAAAUGGUCGAGGUGCUUGGUGAAAAGAAAAUGGCGUUGGAAGAGAAGGUGGCGGAACUGGAGGAAGCUGUUUCAGAUUUGGAAGCUUUACAGGAUAUGUCCGACCAACUUGCUGAAUCGUCGAAAGAAUUGGAAUUGGAACUGCGCGAGGAAUUGGAUCUAGCUCUUGGGGCGGCUCGUGACGCUUAUCGUCAUCGGGACGCGGCUCUGGAAACGUUGACGGAUCGCGAACUUACGAUCACCAAAUUCCGCGAGCUCACUCAUCAGAUGCAAGAGCAAUGUUUGCAAUUGCAGCAGCGCGUGCAAUCGACAGAGACCUCUAAAUUCGGAAUGGGAAGCGCGGAACAGCAAUUGGCAGAGAUUUUAGAUUUUCAAAAGACGUUCGCCGAAACGCGCGCACAAACGAAAGCGGUCGAUCUCGAGCUGCGGCGGUUGGAAGCCGAAGAAGCCCGGAAUCACGUGGCCUACUUAUUGUCCUUUAUGCCUCCCGCGUUCUUGGCUCGCGGUGGGGAUCACGAUGCUAUCCUAACGCUUCUUCUUAUACCAAGAAUAAUACAGAAGACGGAAAUACUUAUAUCGCAAGUACGAGACAAGUAUAGAUCGUUGGAUAAGAUCGACAGAGCGGCUGUGGUGAAAGGUCAUUCGGUGGCACAGUACACCUUCAGAUCGCAUCUGUGCUCGUAUAUGUAUGCGUUACAGACUUUCCUCGGUUGUUUCGAAUCGGCCUUGAGCGUUUGUACUCCGGAAAUGUUACUAAAAGUUGGAGCGGCUUAUCCGGAAAUGGCUGCACAGGAGAAAUCAUUGGACUCUCUGAUUGAGCUGACCAAAAGAGAUCAAUUGGAUGAAAAUCUACCGAUGGAUGCUAUUGAAAAGUGUUGCGGAUACUUCUGUACUAUGUUUUCCGUACUGUUUGGAGAGUCCAUCAACCAAGCUCGCUUGAUAGUUAACGGCACAAGAAUGCUGGAUUCUGCAUGCGAUGCUAUCAUGACCGAUGCAGCGGCGAUCAAAACGUUAAUCGAAGGAGAUGGCGGUGAUAUAGGCCUUCUCUGUCAGCACGCGGAAACGACAUGCGAAGUGAUACAACAACACUUGAAAUCAGCCAGAAGACGUGUGUUGACCGAUCAUGCUGCUGUAAGACACACUGCGGAAUCGAAAUUAGGAUUGGAUAAGGAUUCCAGCGAACAAAUGUUUACAUGUUAUCAGCAUGCAGUGAAGAUCGUGAAAACGUUCCAAACAUUGCUGAAGAGCGCUGUGCAAGCAAUUAUAAUGAACGGCGACUUGGACACGGGACUUGGCGCGGAUCAAUUGAAGAACAUGACUUCUAUAGCGUGUGAAAAGGUUUACGAUACCGAAGAUAUAGGGCCUGUAGCUACGGUCAAGGGGAGUUUGAGGGUCAUUCAACAGUUGGCGGCCAAUUUGGCACAAAAGAUGGCCGAAUGUGAAAACGAACUGGCGAUAAGCGGACACCUGUCGCAAAAACAAGAACAAGGCGCGGAGAACGAAUCCUUGAUGCCUAUUAAGAUAAGAGCACAAGCGGCAAGAAAAGAAGCCGAAGAAACAAAGGUGCUCAGUAGGAAAUUGGAAGCCAGGGACAGCGAUAUUCUCGAAGCAAGAUUAGCUCUUAGAGAAAAACAAAACGAAUUAUGCGAAAUGAUCUUAAGAAAGGAUGUUGUGGAAAAGAAGCUUGCGACGCAACAACACGAGCAUGAAUUGAACGUAGAAAAGUUGAAGAGAAAAUUGGAAGAAGCUCAGAAUCAACUGAAGCGAAAAGAAAAAGAAUUCGAAGAAACGAUGGAUCAUCUUCAGACAGACAUCGACAGUUUGGAAAGCGAGAGAGGCCAGCUCAAAGAGAAAUUGAAAUUUGUUGGAAAGAAGACGAUGAUGUCUGCAUCUGGAACAGACAAUAUGGCUGGAAAUGCUACAGUGACAUCAAAUACUCAAUCGAUGGACAAUAAAUCUUUGAUGCAAGAAAUAAGUGCUCUCAGGGAAGCCUUGAAGAAUGAAAAUCAGCAAAAGAAGAAAUUAAUGUAUAACUCAUUGCGUAUAAAAUUAGAAAGUUUGGAUCCAAUAACGCUUCCAUCAAAAUCACGACCGGUCGAUGUAAAAAUGCAAGAACUGAAACAGAAGACUUACAAUCUUACCAAAGAUAUUAAACAAGUUAUGAUGUUCCCCAUCGUUCCUGAUUUAACACGUAAGAAGACAUCAGAUUUAGAAGGUCCAGUCUUAGAAAAGGCGAUGCCAGUUUAUCAAUUGCUACAACGUCAGAUAGUUAUGAGAGAAUUAAAAGAAAGAGCCGAUCAGCUAGUGGGUGAAGUUCGCGAAGAAAUUGUAAAGAGAACGGCGGGAGGAAUGGCCGAAGCGAAUUUUGCAGUAUUUCCAAAUCGCGAAAUGGCAGCAGCAAUGCAGGAAAAGAAAUUGCUUGCUGCGGAAGUCACGAUUCCUCAUAACGGCCCGGAACAAGUUUUCACUGUCAAUGUCGGAACACAGGAACUUAGGAAAAUUCAUACUUUAUUGUGUUAUUAACUGUCAGUUUCUAGCCCUUAAUUUUCAUAUUAAGUAUCUAGUGCGACAAAAUAUGCUACCACAAAAACUGAGUGGUAUACAAGUGCAAAGUAUUGCUUUAUAGCUUUUGUUUUUAGACAUUAGACGAUACAGAUUUUUGUUAUAUUUGCAUACGUUUAAUCGACUUUGUACAGGAAAAAAAAAAACGUAAUUAAUUACGAAUUUGCGCCCGAUGAAAGGAACAGAUUAAAUCUAGUGAUAAUGUAACUUUAGAGCGUGAAGAUUUUAUUUAUUUCCGUCUGGCUACAGCAUGAUGACCGGCGCACCAUGGCUAGUAGACUGCAGCAUUUUAUUAUUAUUAACAAUUUGAACGAUAAUGUUCAACGCCUUCGUGGCUCUUCUGUAUAUUUUUUAUGAAUUUGUCAAAUAUAUGACUUAAAAAUCCUUUACAUAAUCCCGUGUGUCGAAAAUAUCACAACAGAAAUUAACUGCUUUUUCUCGAGAGCAGUCAUAUCGUCCACUUUUAACAAUCGACUGUUACCAUUUUG